AUGUCACAAUUGUUCGGCCGAACGAAGCCGAACAAGGCCGAUGAAACAAUUCAAAGAACAAAAGAAAAAAUUAUUGACGUAACAAAAAAUUUAUCCGAUCGACAACGAUAUUUAAAACAAUUAAUUGAUCAAUUAUCAGUUGAUGAUUUACAAACAUUUUUUAAAAAUUCGUAUCAACAUAUUUUUUAUCUUUUCUUUGAAAAUUUUAGUCAAGUUGAAAGUAAUAUAACACGAGCACUUUCAAAACAAAAUCAAUCAGAACUUGAAUAUGUUACCAAUUUAUUAGAGCGUAUUCUUACAUUAUUACCUACACUUGUACAUCAAAGAUGGCAGGCUCAUUGUAUAUGCAAUGUAAUAAAAAGAUAUUUUGUUGUUUGCAACAGUCCACAGGGUGUUGCCCGUGGUAUGCGACUUUUUCUUCUCUGGUAUCAAAUAUUGGGUAGUAAUGCUGUUGAAGAAGAGCAUUCACUUUUUAAAGGUCUUAUACGUAAUUGGAAUCAAACAUUAGUUGGUACACGUGCUAGUGGAGAAAAUAAUCAUACUGAUGAACAACCAUCUGCAGCAUUCAAUGAAUUAUUUCGAACACCACCUGAUGCAUUUCGAUGGGCUGAUAUAAUUCCAAUUUGGCCAAAAAAUACGUCUGAUUAUGAACCAACUCUUGAACGUUGGCUUCUUUUUAUGUUACAUACAAUAUCGGACACAUGUAAACGUGUUUUAUGGGAUUCAAAUCGUGAAUCAUCACGUAUAGAAAAACAAGAAGAAUGUUUUCGUUUUUUAUUUGAUAUGUUCAAACGUUAUUAUAUGCCAACACUUUUCCCAACAUUUACCGAACAAAAUAUUUAUGAUUUAUCAGCACCAAUAACUAUUCCCGAAACAGUACGAAUUGAAAGUGAUCGACCACGAAGACGACAAACAUGUUUAUGUCGAACAGCAUUUGUUACAUGGUUAUUACCAUUUCUCAAUGAAGAACAAAAUCGUGAUAGAACAUUAACUCGUGUACCUAAUCCUAAUCUAGCUACUCAAAUUGCAUUAACUCAAUCAACAACAUCCAUGGGUACAGUAACUGGUUUAUCUGAUUAUUCAUUAUUUUCAAAUGAAUUAUAUCAUAUAAUCACUGGAUCAAUAUCAAAAAAUCAAACAGCAUCAUUUCAACAAAUAGUAAAUUCUAUGGGACCAUUGGAUAGUAAUACAUUGGAAAUUGGUCAAAAUGUUCUUCUAUCAACACAAGAGAAUAUUAAUUUUAUUCAUGAAAUCUUUCGACAAAGUUAUCUUAUGUCCGGUGAAUAUGGUUUUGCUGCUUCGCAUAUUCUUCGUACGGUGAAUGAUUGGAUUAAAGAAAGAAAUUUACGACCUGUUUUUAUGCUUGAGCCUGAACAACGUUCAUCAUCUAAUGAUAAACUCGAUGAUAAUCAUCUUCGUUUAGGUCUUAAUCGUUGGUUACAAAUUUUUAUUACUCAAUCAUUUUAUUUAUUUCUUGUACGACCAACAUCACAGAAUGAUGAACAACAAACACCACAACAUGGAGUAAAUGCAGUACAACCAGAACAAGGUACACGGGAAAGAUCACUUGCUGGUCUUGUAACAUUUUAUAAGAAAUUACCACAAAGACAUACACCUGAUCGAACAACAUGGGAUUUAAUUUUAAGAGUUAUGUUAAAAAUUGUUCGACUUUCAUUACAAGAUCGACCACCACCAAAUUCAAAUCAUUUGUAUAUUGAAAAUACAAUAAAAACUCUUCUUUUUCUAUUUCAAUCAGCAUCAUUGUAUGUUAGUGUUGAACUAUGGAAUCAUUUAAGUGAUACUUUAUCGUCAAGAACUAUGUGGCCUGAAGUUAUUGAUCAAUGGGAUGCAUCAAUGCGAGCAUUAACAAAAGAUCUUGGACGUCUUGUUUAUAAAGUUGAAACAGAACCAAUAGCAACGACAAGUAUUCGCCGAGGCGUAGGAAAUAUUGGUGUUCGACGAACAGCAACAUCUGUUCCACCUAGUUCUCUUGAUUUAAAUUCAUCAAAUACACAACGUACACGAACAUUAAGUUCUGACGAUGAUAUAGAUCCAGCAGAACAAUCAACACCACAACAGCAACAACAACAUCAAUUAAAUCGAACAACAAUUAAUGAACGUGAUCGAGUACCACGACGACGGACAAAUAGUGAUGAUAGUCUCACACAUUCAACAGCAACAACAUCAUCAUCAUCAAUAAUUAAUCGACCACAUAUUUUAGCAAGUAUUCCAAGUAAUCAAAUAGGUGAACAACAAGCAACAAUGGAAAGUCAUACAUCAGAACAACAUUCAGUUUUAUUCAGUCCAAGUGAACCAUUAACUCAGCAGCAGCAACAACAUCAACCAUUAACGAUUCAUAUUGCACAACAAACACCGAAUUCUCAUAUGAGUGAUAUGUCAUCACCCAAUCAUGCACUUGAUUCACCAAUGAGUGAUGAUUAUAGUACAGCUUCAACUAGUGUACUUGAUACACAUAGUCUAAGUGGAAUACCUAGUGGAGAUGCAUUAACAUCCAAUUUUAAAAAUAAUAAUAUUCAUGCAAUUGAUUCUCGUUCAACAACUGUUUCUGAAUCAACUUCAACAUCUGAUCAUCAUCAACAUAUAUCUCCACCAUUAUCACGUGAUCAUCAUCCACUCAGUCAAUCAACUGUCGAUAGUCUUCAUUCAUUUCCACAAGAUUCAGCAACAAUUGAUAGUAUUGAUACUGCUACUUAUAUGCAUGAACAUACUUAUGAAUCAUCACGUCUUGCACCUGAAACAGCAUAUACAGCAUGGUUUCGUAUGCUUGGUUCACUCGGAAAUAUAAAUCAAAUACGUUCAGCAGAACAACAUAAUCGAAUAAUGAGAACUUUAUUUGAUAUAUGGAAAAUGCUUUGUCGUAUUCAUGUACAAUCAAAAGAUACUCAACAUGGAGAUUUAUACUUUGAUGGUCCACCAUUGUUAAUAUUUGCUCCAUGGCUUUUCGAGGCGAUACAAACAUUACCAACAACACAUCGUGAUGGAAAAUUAUCAGCAUAUAGAUUAUUAUGUUCGAUGGGUGUUUUGAAUCAUGAUGUUUCACCACCAUCAGAUUUUCUUGAUAUGUUUUUAUUAACGAUUUAUCAUGGUUUAUUAUCUGGAGAUGAAGAUAUUAUUUAUGUAAUUAUUAGUUCAUGUAAAGUCGAUUUCUUUCAUCGAUGUUGGCCAUCAUCAACAUUACUUUUACCAUUAUUUACUUCAGCUUGUUAUAAAAUUGGUCAACAACCAUGUCUUGUUGAUGGGAAAACCAUUCCAAAAGUAGAAGCAUUAACUAUACUUAGUAGUCUUGUUUGUUUUCCAAAUCAUUUUGAACAACUUGAUGUUUUAUCUGCGAAAGAUAAAGAAUAUGUACCUGUAACAAUGGAUCGUACACAAUUAAAACGUAUGAUUAUGAGUGAUUUAAUUAAAGCAUCACAAAAUGAUUCAGUACUUGAAUCACGAGAAAUUGCUUUAUGUGGUGUGGCUAUAUUCCUUUGUGAAGAAUUAAAACAUCAACGAGUUGAAUCACCUAUUAAACCAUUUAUGACAUUUAUUGUCGAUUGUUUACAGCCGGCUGAUUCUACAAUGUUUGCAGCUGAUAUGCUUCGUUUUCUUGCAUCAUAUGCUCCAUUAUUUAUAUCUCAUCGAGAUAAUCAAUCCGGUCAAGUAUAUACAAAAAUAAUUGAUGGUCUUAUAUUAUCUUUACGCGCAAAUAUUCCACGUGAUGUUGGUGCAUUAAUGCGUAAUAAUGUUCGUAUAAUCAAAUCUUUAAUAUUUGCAUUACUCGAAUGGAUUUUACAUGUUCCAACAAGUUAUUUACAACAACAACAAACAAUACGUGAUGAUAAUAAUCAAGAUAUAUCAUCGACAAUAAUUCAACGAACAUUUUCUGUUUUAAUCGAUGCUUAUCGUUCAACAAAUUCUUUAAAUGAUGAACAAACAGUUCAAGAUAAUGAAUUAACAUUAAGUCAAUCAAUAAAAUUAUGUUGUAAAUUUGCUAUUUUAUUUUUACUUAAUGAACAUUCACAUUUUCCUUUAACGGAAAAUGAAUCAUCACUUAUAACAACAAAUGUACAUGAAGGACAUGAUUGGUUAAAUUCAUCCAAACAACAAACUAUUUCAUCUGAUGAUAAUCAAAAUUUAAAUCAAUCCGAUGAAUUAAUUAUAAAUUCAUCUAAUAUACAAUUAUUUGUCAUACAUGAUGAUUUUCUUAUCUCAUUUAUUGAAAUACCAAAUGAUAAAAUAAAUGAAUUAACAACAGAUAAUCAACAAUUUAUAUCUCGAACAACUUUAUGUCGAACAAUUAUUCGAGAUCUCUGUGGAAGAUAUUGUUGGGAUAAUUAUGCGUUUAAUAUUAGUUCGAAUUCUAAAGCUAUUACACGUUCAUUUAAUAAUACGAUUGAAUUAACUCUACCAACGAAAUCAACAUAUGAAGUUGAAGAAACAACAAGAGGUAUUACAGUUUUGGAGAAAUUUGAUACUGAUCAACCACCGACACAUCAAAAUCAACCACCAAAUGCAGAUAUUUUAGAUAAACUUCUUCAAUAUAUAACAUCUCAUAGUCCAGAAUUAGCAUUUUACAGUGAUCGAACAUUGACUGAUGUUUCUCCAACACCAACAUUAAUAUCUUCUCAUGAUGAAAAAGCUAUUAUAAGAAUGAUUACCGAACAAGAAACAGCUGAAAAAGAAUAUGAUUUAUCGUUAUCUGGAAAAACGGAACGACGUAUUGAAAAUCCAAUACCUUUACCUCGUAAUGAUCGAUUUGCUUUAUGUCGGUCACAUAUAACUCAACUUGGUUUAAUGAUGUUUGAAAAUCGACAAAAUAUUGAUUUAUUAAAUACAUCAAAAACAAAUUGUGAUCAAUUAUUACGUGAAUUAAAAAAUUUAGAUACACUUGACUGUCGUGAAACACAUAAAAUUGCGGUUAUUUAUAUUGGUUAUGGACAAGAAGAUAAAACAAGUAUAUUUAAUAAUACUCAUGGUAGCACAAAUUAUGAAGAAUUUCUUACACAUCUUGGUUGGCAAGUUGAAUUAUCUAAACAUACUGGCUUUCGUGGUGGUUUACAUCCAUUAGCUAAUACAUAUUCAAUUUAUUAUGCUGAUGCACUUGUGGAAAUAAUGUAUCAUGUUGCAACAAUGAUUGAUGGAUCAACAGAUGAAGAUCGUUUAAGAAAAAAAACACGUCAUAUUGGAAAUGAUGAAGUACAAAUUAUAUGGACUGAACAUUAUCAUGAAUAUGAAAAAUCAAUUAUAGCUAGUGCUUUUGGUGAUGUACUUAUUGUUAUACAUCCAUUACCAAAUGGUUUAUAUAGAAUAAAAAUUGAUAAAACUAGCCAAACAACAAAUUUUGGUCCGUUAUUUGAUGGUGCAAUUGUUGAUAAACUUAUUCUUCCAGAAUUAGUACGUGCAACAGCAGUAAACGCUAGUCGUGCACGUCGUACAACAUUAAAUAAUCAUUGUGAAUUUUACGAAGAACGUUAUCGUAUAAUCAAUUCAAUAAUUCGUACACAUAAAAAAGAAACAACAUAUGAAGAAUUUCUUGCUAAAUCAUUUACACCAUUAGCUACAAAAACAUUGGCACACCAAACAGAUGAGGCAACAAAAUCCACGAACACGCAAAAUGAGCGUAGGGACGGGCUUUCCAAUAUCGUGACAAAUUCAAAUUCAAAUAUCCCUCCAAGUGGUCAAAAAACACGUCAAACAACUCGAAAUUUUCCUUUUUUAACACCAAAUAACACUGUACCAACACCAACAACACGCCGAUAA